AUGGGGACGUAUCCAUCAGUUUGUGAGCGAUAUUAUGAGCGCAAGUACUUCAACGACCCCUCAAAGCCCGGAUCCGAUCAAACGGUUCUGUUUCACUCAAAUCGGGUUUGUUUGAUAACACUGUCUCACAAUCACCUCAUCAUUAAAGACAACAAAAGCAUUGAAAACAUUGACUUCAAUAUAAACUCUGAUUUGAAUCGUUUGGAUAACAAAGUGUCGGGAAAGUGGAAAAAAGGUGGUCAGAGAGUGAAUCCCGGAUCCAUAUUAUGUCGCAUCCAAUGCGCAGACAACGAGAUAUUUGACAUCAAAGCCUGUAUUAACGGCACAAUCGUUGAAAUGAAUACCAAAUUAAUAGAUGAUUACGAUUUGGUUAAGCGAAAGACAUGGUCUGACGGUUUCAUCGCUAUUGUACUCCCAUUUCGUGGUCAACAGGAGUCCGAAAAGGAGUCCCUUUUGAGUCCACAACAAUACCAAACUCUUAUACAAACUAAUCACUAA